AUGCUCUGUGAGAGUGUGGCCCUUCUCCCGCUGCUCUGUCUGCUGCUGAGCCCUGAGGAGGGGCUGGGGGCUCCUGUGGGGGGACCCGGGGCUGAGGCUCUGGGCUGGACUGAGGUGGUUCGUCACAGACACCUGUUCGCGGCUCGCAGUGGUCUGUACCUGACGAUCAGCUCAAAGGGACGAGUGAGAGGCUCCGAGGGACAGAGCCCUGACAGUCUUCUGGAGAUGACUCCUGUGAGCUCGGGCUGUGUGGCGCUCAGAGGAGUGACCUCUGAACUCUUCCUGUGUCUGCAGCAGGACGCCACGGUCUACACAUCGGUGUGGUUCAGCCCAGAGUGUGUUUUUGUGGAGCAGCUUCAGGAGGAUGGGUACAGUGUGUACUCGUCUCUGAGACACGGGACCCUGCUGACUCUGACCCGGCCCCGGGACCGAGGGGCCCCUCCCCACGCACGCUUCCUGCCCCGAGUUAGCUCUGUGGAGGCUCGACCCUGGCUCCUCCCAUCAGACACGCCCCACCCCCUCCCAUCGGACACGCCCCGCCCCCUCCGGUCGGACACCCCCCCUGUGGAGCUGGACCUCCUCGAUGCCUUCAAGAAUCUGUCACCGAUCAUCCACAGCCCGAGCUUCCACCAGAGAUGA